GAGGAGGGAGAGAGAGGCAGCGCGUGAACGCAGGAGAGAGAGAGAGAGAGCGGACCGUCAGGGUCCGGCCGCCUGAGGGACGAACGACACGGAGAGGGUGAGGACUGAGUGAGCGUGAGCGUCCAACCAGCCCAGAGACUGAAUGAAGCUGCACCUGGUGCUUCAGAUGGCCUUUCCCAUGUUUUGAUUUUCUGCGUGUUGUUUUUUUUCUUUUUUUGUUUCUUUUUGUACUCUCUGAACUUGGUUGAUCAGCGGCGCUCCCUGCCAUGCCGUCCAACAGUCCUGCUGCCGCUGAGCCACCUCAGACGCCAGAGAACGAAAUCUCCAAUGAUGUGAGUGAAGAUGGAGCAGACCAGGACAGUCCAGAGGAGGGGACGCCAGCGAGCCCUCAUAACAAGCGAAGAGUUGGUCGUCCUAGCCGGAAACGCAAACAGCUGCUUCCUGAGUUGGCAACCUCUGACCCCUGUGCAAAGGCCCCCCCAACUCUGCCCGAGGAGUCGCAGCCUUCACCCUCCCCUCGCAAGAAGCGUGGGCGUCGGAAACUAGAGCAAAACGAGAAGAAUAAAGACGAGUCAGACGACAGAAACUGCGACUCCCCUAGAGAGGUUGAGACUGGGAGGCUCCGGAGGAGGCCGGUCCGCAGAGUGACUUUUCAGGCUGGAGAUCCGUACUACAUCAGCAGGAGGCAAAGAGAAGAAUGGCUCAGCCGCUGGAAGAUGGAGGCUGAACGGCGGGCGUACCGAGAAGCGGAGAUAAGCAUAAUGGACGACCUAUCAGAGGCUGACUUUCAUAAAGAGGAGGAGCCAGCGAGUCCAGCUCCUCCACCUUCUCAACAACACACAGAUCCCGCCUCUCCGACAGUAGCUGUGACGCCGGAGCCCGUUGCCAGGGGAGACCAGGCCACGCACAGCGAGAUUGAGUACCAGGAUGGCCGGUCCUUCGGCAUCGGGACGCUGGUGUUUGGGAAGCUGCGAGGUUUCUCUUGGUGGCCCGGCGAGAUCGUUUCCUGGUGGAUGAGCGGCCGGAGUCGGGCUGCAGACGGGACUCGUUGGGUGAAGUGGUUUGGUGACGGCAAAUUCUCCGUGGUUUGCGUGGAGAAGCUAAUGCCCCUGACCUCUUUCUCAUCUGCCUACCACCAGCCAACGUACAACAAACAGUUCAUGUACCGGAAAGCCAUCUACGAGGCUCUGAAGGCGGCCGGCAAACGGGCAGGGACGACAGCUCCUCCCUGCAAUGCGAGCGAGGAUCCCGAGGCCAUGGAACGCGAUACCACACCGAUGAUCGAGUGGGCCAUGACCGGCUUCCUGCCCAACGGGCCACAAUCUCUGGACCCCACAGAGGGGGAAAAGAAUCCAUACAAGGAGGUGUACCGAGAGAUGUGGACAGAGCCAGAGGCAGCGUAUACACCUCCACCUGCAAAGAAACCGCGCAAGAACACGGCAGAAAAAGGAAAGAUAAGAGAGGUGAUCGAUGAAGGGACCAGAGAGAGACUUAUACAAGAGGUCAAAAAGAAGACCAAGAAUAUUGAAGAUAUUUGCAUCUCCUGUGGAAGUCUCAACGUCUCUCUGGAGCAUCCUCUCUUCCUAGGAGCAAUGUGCCAGGGCUGCAAAAACUCGUUCCUGGAGUGCGCCUACCAGUACGACGACGAUGGCUAUCAGUCCUACUGCACCAUCUGCUGUGGAGGGAGGGAAGUGCUCAUGUGUGGCAACAACAACUGCUGCAGGUGCUUCUGUGUGGAGUGUGUGGACCUGUUGGUGGGAGCCGGCUCAGCGGCGAUCGCCAUCAAAGAAGAUCCCUGGAACUGCUACAUGUGCGGACCCAAGAACACCUACGGAUCACUGCGGCGACGAGACGACUGGCCCUGCAGACUACAGCACUUCUUUGCCAAUAACCACGAGCAAGAAUUUGAGCCAGCUAAGUUGUACUCUCCAGUUUCAGCGGAGAAGAGGCAGCCGAUCCGAGUCCUCUCCUUAUUUGACGGCAUUGCCACAGGCCUGCUGGUGCUGAAAGAUCUGGGCCUCCAGGUGGACAAGUACGUGGCAUCUGAAGUUUGCGAAGACUCUAUCACCGUCGGCAUGGUUCGACACCAGGGACGCAUCAUGUACGUGGGAGACGUACGCAACGUAACCCGCAAACAUAUUGACGAGUGGGGACCAUUUGACCUGGUGAUCGGAGGAAGCCCCUGCAACGACCUCUCCAUAGUGAACCCUGCUAGGAAAGGCCUUUAUGAGGGAACUGGACGGUUAUUUUUCGAAUUUUAUCGUCUGCUGCAUGAAGCCCGGCCAAAACCCGGCGACGAGCGGCCGUUCUUCUGGCUGUUUGAGAACGUGGUCGCUAUGGGAGUCAGCGACAAACGUGACAUUUCUCGCUUUUUAGAGUGCAACCCAGUAAUGAUCGACGCUAAGGAGGUCUCUGCUGCCCACCGGGCUCGGUAUUUCUGGGGAAACCUGCCAGGCAUGUCCAGACCUUUGACACCGAUGACAAAUGACAGGUUGGACCUACAAGACUGUCUGGAGCACGGCCGCACAGCCAAGUUUGAGAAGUUGCGUACGAUAACGACACGCUCCAACUCUGUGAAGCAGGGGAAAGACGAGCAUUUUCCAGUCUACAUGGACAACAAGGAGGACAUCCUCUGGUGUACUGAGAUGGAAAGGGUGUUUGGUUUCCCCGUCCACUACACCGACGUGUCCAACAUGAGUCGUCUGGCCAGGCAAAGGCUGCUGGGACGGUCUUGGAGUGUCCCAGUCAUCAGGCACCUCUUCGCCCCGCUCAAGGAGUACUUCGCCUGCAACUAGUCACACACCAACUCUCUCUCUCUCUCACACACACACACACACACACACCCAGUGAUGACUACAAACAGUAUACAGCUAGUACAUGAAGGUUGGCUGGUAUAGUAUGACAUAGACCGGACGCAGACACACAUACACUGUAAAAGACUGCUUUCCCAGAUCCCCGGUAGACCACUGGCUGACCUUAGUCCCCUGGUGCUACUUUGCUGAUUUAUACACAUGCGCAGGUGCAGGGUUAUUGUUGUAUAAAUCUUCAUACACACACUUCCUGUCCAACCUUGAAAUUGAUGUCUUCUGGCUUUACUGUGUCGUAUCAGCUGGAGUUCAAACCUCCAGGGGGCGCUAGAGUAACAUAGAUGCCCUGAUUUUCUGUUUUUAAUAUGUCUCUGAAAGCAUCAACACACCGGUGAAUCAGUCUGAAUUGUAACUGUAUUGAUAUGACAGUCCUACUGCUGCACAGCAGUGCAAAGGUCAUGAAUGCAUCCAAAAAAACACACAUUUACCAGUUGAUGCUUGUGGUGCUGGUUGGUUGUGCUAAAGUUCAAAUGGUGCCACUUGAAUACAACACUUUUACAGUCUUAGGUGCUCUUGGAGACUCAUUGGUCUCCGGUUGUUUCAGUCACUGCAGUUUUUUGGUUGUUUUUAUUCUUUUUUUUUUGGCCCCUAACAGAUUUAAACCAGACAAUAACAAACAGUUAACGGCCAAGAGAAGUGAAUUCUUAACUUAAAAUAAUGUGUGUUUCAUUGUGAGUGUCCAGAAAGACAAAACAUUUUAGCGCAACUGUAACUUAAUCAGGUUUUAAUAUUGUUUCUUAAAGGAGGGGCUGCUCUGGUUCUAGCAGGCGAGAUUAAACCAAACUACUAAAACACAGGUUUUGAUUUAUACACAUUGACAACUCCCGUUUUUUUACAAGUUUGUAAGUAUGCACACCAAUGUACAUGUAGUUCUUAGUAAAGAACAAUGAAUAAGAGUAAGGUGAAAGAAAGCAAAUAUGCAUCUAAAGACGAUAUAAAUAGCUUUAGACAAAGAUGAAUAUGUGUAGAAUCUAACAAAAAGGACAAGAAAACUUCUUAUAUCUACUGCCUUCUGCAUUCUCAGCAUUUAAAGCUCCCUCCACUGAGUGAGAAAUGUUUUUGCAAGGUGAGGCCGCCCACUCCUACUGGAGUAAAACACACAUUCAGUGUUACCUGUUACUGCCAAACAGAUUUGAAUGAUAAAUAAUAGCGCUCUGAUUAUUUCUUGGUGGCUUUUGCUAUGCUAACUAUACGGAGGAAACACUGCAUACUAACGCCAUUUAAAUAAUGGUUAUUUUUCAGAUAAAUUAAGUACGAAGUACUUAGAUGUUUUACCACUUAACUAUUUAAGAUAAAAUAUGGCAAUGAGAUGACAGUUAUUACACAUUAUUUAUAUGCAAAUAGCUUUUACAUAAAUGAUCUGUAUCUACAGUAUACAAAAGUAUGUUAACGUUUAAUUUCAUUCUGCUGUUAAUAAUGGGUCUACUGUUAGAGGGCACUCUUAUGUUACACUAUAUACAUUGAAUUGGUAUUAGUAUAUUUCUUUUGUGACGAUAAACAAUGAUGUUUUUGUUUAUACCACUUGUUUCUUUACACAUACUCGUCUCUGCAUUUAGCAGGCAAAGGGGUUUUAUGAUUGGUCCCAACCAGUCGGGUUUAACUCAUCCGGCGUCUUAUUCCUGCUUGCAGAGCAGCACAGCCUCUGGGAAACAUUUAACUUUAAAGGAGGUCACAAUAUUUACCAUGGCAGCAUUUAAAGAAUCCUCCUCUAACGGUCUACGUUCUCUUGUGCCUAAGCUCCGGUGCUCUGGUAUUAAAUAAAAUACAAAUCAGCCGCCUCUCCGGGAGGGGGCUGAUUGUGCUUCAGUUAUCACGCUGCAGUGACGUCCACCGAAACUUGAGCAGGCCUGUAGUCUAAACACUAUGCUGGUUUUCUGCUUCCUACAGAAACGGCCCAGUCUAAAUAACAACUCUCUUCUUAAAUAACACAGGUACAACUUAACAACCUGUGCUGAGUGUUUCUCCCGUGUUCUGCUGAACACAUGCUGGGAUAAACUCAGCCGCCGCUCGUCUCUGAGUAAGAAGAAAGCGAGCAAACCAGGUGACGAUGUAGUAUCCCUGUAGUGAAGAGGGGGUUAUUUACACAGGGCUGUCUUCUGAGAAAAUAUUUCAGUCUGGUGCUUGUGGUCCGCAGAUGACCAUCUAUUCCAGCAAGCCUUCCGAUCCUUUAACCUUCCUCAGAUACCAGCUAACGACUGGACACGCGUGGUCUACGCCGACACAGACCCUCUGUAAUACAAACAAACACAAACGGCCUCUCAGGCCGACAGUAAACCAGCAGGUUCCAGGUGUUUUUUCCAUCAUGUUUACUCUCCGUUUAUACAACCAACCUUCAGGUGCUUUUUAAACGGCUCUUUUUUACAGUGCUAUCGCAGGUCGCAUAUACAGACACACUCAUCUGCUGUAAACGCAGCGCAGACUUUCACGCUUCUCUGAUUCUAACGACUGCGCCACUCCAGAACAUGCCAUCAGCACACACACGCACACACACUGUGUUCUUUGCUGGCCGCCUGUUGCCAUCAGGCUUCCCACGGCGCUGCUGGGUGUGACAUCACCACCCCGCGAUGCUUGGUGCUCCCAACCCCCCUCUCCUCUCUCCAACACCCCUGUCCAGCUGAAUCCCCCUCAAACAACCCCAUCACCACCCCCAGGUGCUGCAUGUCAGUCAGUCAGUGUAACCUCUGAUUCCAUGUUAGAUUAGGGAGUAAUGAUAAUAAUAAUAUGGUAAUAAUAAUUAAAAUAAUAAUCUGUUAUCGUGUGUGUGUACUGUUACAGGUUGGUGCUCAGUUCAGUUCAGUCUCAGCCUACAGAGGGGAGAAAGAGAGGCUAGAGAAAGCAUAUAUUACAGUUAGUAUAGUGACUUGUUCUAUUGCGCCCAAGAAUGCUAGAAGAAGUCGUGGAAAUGAUGAGCUGCAUGAAGUUCUCAGACCAGAGAUGAGUUGGAAUAAACCACAGCUGAGACAGAAUUUGCUAUUUUUUUUUGCUGUUCCCAAACCAAAUGGUUCCCAAAUUGCGUCUCAUAUCUCAGAAAGAGCACAGACGUAAAUUUGCGUGGAUGGAAACUCAUCAAAACAAAAUCUGGGUGAUAAGAUGUUGUAGAUGUAAGAUAUAACAGUUUUGAUCUAGACUUAAACAUCUCAAUAACCACUGGAGCACCAUGAGUUUUGAUUCAUUUCAUUUUAUGGGUUUUUUUGUUUUGUUUUUAAAAUUUUAUUUCAUUAUAUAUUAUUUCUUGCACAACUAAUAGUGUAGAAGUAGGUGGGGGUGGAGCGAAAAGGUUUUACACUUUGGCUUCAGAGGAUUUGGCAGGGUUGUUAUGUUAGAGUCUCCACCGAAGCAUUUAAGUCUACCUCUACAAUAAAUGUGUCACUAAAGGUCUGCAAAUUUACAAGAUUUAUCAUCACUCUACGUUGAUAUUUAUUUAGCUUUCUUAAUGGACAAUAAGAACCAGAAACAACAGUGUUCAUGAAUAAAACCUCACGGUUCUCAUCUGGUUCUCUCCAGGCCAUCAAAUCAUGGGUGAAUAAAUCAUCGCUCAGACCUAAUAUUGUUUUGUGCAGCAAAGCUGAUCCACAAAACUAAUUAAACGUGAAUAUUCAAACCAUUGCCAAAAAUAGCUCGGCUCUGAAUUUGAAUUUAUCCUGAAAAGGUCAGAGAAAGGUGGCAAGACUAAUACCAUGAGUGUUUCUUUGUUUUAUUUUUUGUCUGUUUUCUUUUCCACUCAAAUUAAGCAUUCAUUUCACCUUUAAUUUGACCAAAAUGACUGACAAAACCCAAGAAUUUAAGCAUUGUGUGUAUCCAAACAUCAAUGAAUGCAGGAUACACAGUUUGUUAGCAUGUUUCAGUUGUUGUUCACACAUUUUGAUUAUUUCUUUUCAAUGUUUUAAUUCAUUUUUGCACAUUAAAUUUGAUUUCUUUUACUGAGUCCACGCAGUAGAUCAGCAGUUUACGCUGAUAAAAGACUACACUCUCAUAUAACAAUCAGCUCCUUUUAAGUACCCCAAAGUAAAUUUCAUUAUGAAUUGUUGCUAUACAAAUAAACUGAAUUCAAUUGUAUCAAACAUGAACGCCCAUGAAUAUAUGAUUUGUAAGCUCGGGAAUAUCUGUCACAUAUAAACUAUAUGCUGUAUGUUUCCCUUAAAAUCAGCAAAGGAAACAACUAAAAUGUAAACUCGUUGUAUCUUGUGUGCUCAAUUUAGUAAAACUUGACUCCAAAAUAAUACUUUUAUUUUGGUUUAUGAUCACUCGGAUGCUUUACUCUGUGGGUUUCAGAUACCUUUGGCGAUCCACCAUCACUUUCAAAUUUGUCAGACACUCAAAUCCAUGAUGUAAUUCUUGUAAUAUAUUCCCCUUGUACUAAUUUCUUUUUUGUACUAAUUAGUAAAUGUUACCAUGCCAACAUUACACAUUAAAAAUAUGAAUCCUGGUUGACGUGUGAAAGAUUAAAAGAGACUUUUAAUAUC